UGUCUGAUGUGACUAUUUUGAAUUUACAUGAUAGUUGGGGGAAUGAAUUUGCGUGAAUCCGGUGUCCCAUUUACGUGAAUGCAACACAACUUUGCAACCCGGGUAAAAUCAAAUGUGCCUUCGCGUAACACAACAACAGGAUGGCUAAAACUCUCCGCGGUGUUCGUCCGUCGAAAUAAAUAAAUACCAACUACAACUACAUGCUAAUGCUAGUAGCUAAUACUUACUUAAGCUAACCUCCUUCUUAACUGAACGUCUGUACGCAAGAUUUCAAACAACCUUGGCUUCACAUGAACAUGGGCAGCUACAGUGACUCCACCAGCGACCUAGACGAGGAGUUGCCUGUGUUUGACUUCCUGAGCCAAACCUCAAAGCGACUCGCAGAGAAACCAGACUUGGUCGACCUGGAUGCAGACGCAGCCGUCUCCUCCUCGGUGAAGGGUACUGCGGGAACAUGUACGGGAAGGACUGAUGUAAUGAUGAUCAGCAGCGAUUCUGAUGACGGUGCACCGUAUGUCCCUCUGGCGCAGAGACUCAAACAGAGACGAGACAAUGUGAUUAGUGCCUCCUCCGCCAUCACUAAUGGGAAAGAUGCUGCGCCGCAUUCGCCAUCCAAUCUGGACGGUUUACAGCCCUCCUGCCAGAAUGGGAUUCCAGAGUCAGAGCCCCCGCUCAGCUGCCAUCGGAUGAGGACAGUGAGCCGUGGGGCCUCAGUUGGCCCAGAGGAGGUGGCGGCUCUCCCUCAGCGAUGGCUGCCUCCACAGCCUUUCUCCAGUGUAGAGAGCAGUGACACUUUCCCUGCCAAGAGGAAACCUGCCAAGCGGACGAUGGAGGAGAUCCAGGCCUCCAGGGAAGAGGCUCUGAGGAGAAGGCAGGCCAGGGAGCGACAGCAGAGGGACAAGGAGGUGCUCAGGCUGGAACAAGAGAGACAGAAAGCAGAGAGGAAAGCUCUGGCAGAGGCUGCCAAGGCCCUGAGGCCGGAGGAGUGUAUCAAACACAUGGUGGUGGCUGUAGACCCAGCUCUCUUACAGCUGGAAGGAGGCGGGACUCUGCUGGCGUCGGUGCAGGCUCUGGGCUGCAGCUGUGCAAUAGAGAAACAACCACUUCCACGCAGUGUCAGCUGGAUGAGGAGGGCUCCCUGUGCACAGUCAGAUGAUGUCGUGUCUGUACCAGAGGCUCAUGUUGUGAUGCAGAUGACGGUCGAUGACUUCAUCACUUUGAUCCACAGCUACAUUCAGGAAGAGAGGCACGACAGGUCAGACUCUGGUCCCACGCUGACGUCCUGGAUGCAGCAGCAGCAGAACCAUCACCCUGGGAAGGUUCUCAGCCUGGUGGUCAUCGACAUGGAGAAAUACUUGAGAUCGCAGAAGUCACAAAGCCAGAAGAGGUUUCGAGAGGCCGUCGCCAAUGAGGAGCGGGGAGGAGGAAAAGCGAGGAAGAGGAGGAAGAACGGUGGAGCCGAGGCGCUGCCUGAAGUGUCACGAGUUGAAGUAGAAGAGGCAGUGGUGCAUCUCCAGCUACACACGGGGGUCUCGGUCCGCUUCUUGACGACCUGGAAGGACUUUUCAGAUCACAUCACCAUGACAACCAAAGCGAUUGCAGAGGCGCCUUUCAAGCGGGAGAGGGAACAGACGGGCUUCUCCUUCUACCUGGAGAGUGAGUGGGCGGGGGGGCAGCGGGUGGAUAAAGCCGGUAAGGGUCUGCUGCAGGUGUGGAAGAGACAGAUCCAGCAGUUCAACAGAGUCAGUCCAGACAUGGCGUCGGCCAUCCUGGCAGCGUACCCGUCCCCUCAGCUGCUCAGGAAGGCGUACAGUCUGUGCAAGUCCGACCGCGAGAAGACGUCGCUGCUGUCUGACCUCCUGAUCCGCAGAGGAGAGGGCGUGACCUCCACCACUCGCCGGGUCGGUCCAGAACUUUCCAAACGCCUCUUCCUCCUGAUGAACGCCUGCGAUCCCGAGCAGACGCUGGACUCCACCGUCUAAACUGAGAAACGGUGACAAAGAAGCUGCUGCUGCUUCUGAAACAGUUGCCUUGGUUACCAAUGUUGGUGUGUUGGCUUUCCAAGAUGGCGCUCGGAUUGAUGACACUACAUCUUGGAGGUGGACCCCCGGAGGAGCCUGUUGUCUCAUUGAGGCAUAGCGGUCCGAGCUGGAGGGGAAGCACAGGAUGUUCGGCCUGACUGUUGCCAAGGUGAUCCAGAGGAUCUCCUGGGAGGAGUGGAGGCUCCACUGUUGGAGGACGACACAUGGGGCAGAGGAGACGUCCUCCUCAUCCAGGAUCUCCACGUCACCCUGGACGACUCUUUGCUGGAUUCUCUCUGCAUCCAGGACACAUGGAGACACAUGGGACGCCUCACCUGCAUUCAGGACCCAGCAGGUGCAGCUGUACAGAGACUGGUAGACUGACAGAGGGCGGAGUCAGCCUUGGUCCAGGUGGGACAAGAACAGACCUUUAACUUCAAUGUCCUGGAGGAGCAGCCUGGGCUCCAGACGAUGAACAGCAUGACCCCUCAUCCAGUGCUGUUGGUCCUCCCCUCGCUCCAGCACCACUCCCCUCUUCUGUUCCUCCACCUCCUCUGCCUGGACUACCUGUACCCAGGACCAGAGCCUACAGGAAGAGGAAGGUGACCUGAAGCUGCUGUGGCAGAGCGGGGGUCGCUGCCUGGAGGAAAAACCCUCCGGCUGCCAACGUCAUACAUCUGCAGCAGGUGUGUCCAACCCAGAAGGAUUGACACUGACCUCACUCACAUUGCAGGUGAGUCACACUGUGACUGAUGGUGGAAAGACUGUGGAGGAGUGGAGGGAAGAGAUGAAGAGAAGACAGGACAACGUUUUCUAUAUUCAUUUAUAACUUUUUUUUUUUUAAAGUAUAUUUUUUGGCCUUCUAUGCCUUUAUUCGAUAGCACACAGUAGAGAGACAGGAAAUGGGGAGGCAGAGAGAAGGGGAAUGACAUGCAGUGAAGGGUCGUCCGAUGCGGGACUCGAACCAGGGCUAACUGCAGCGAGGACUGUAGCUUCUACACAUGGGGCGCCUGCUUAGACCACUACGCCACAGCUGAUGUCUCAUGAUGAUCUCAGUCCAGUGUUCCCUCUGUUUUAGCUCUGUGUUUGGUCUCCACCAGCUCCUGAGGGAAAUCUGUGUCUUUAGCUUCUUAAUGCUCCACUAUGUUCAGCAGCUGCUCUUGGACCGUGUUUCUGCUGUAUACAUAAAUAUAUAUGAAGCUCAGCGUAAGUUCAAUCAGGAAGAUCUUUAUGCCUCAUUCAUUCACAAUUCUCUCUCCCUCUCUCACCCCACUUCUUGUAAUCAACAUCAUCACGUUGCCGCCCUCUUCUGCUGUCAGCUGUCAUUUCACUGAGUAUUGCUGUAAAAACAAGUUAACUGGUUAAAAACCAGAUUUUAAUUGGAGAGUGUCGGCUAAUUGUUUUGUGUAUUUGUAAAUGUAUUCCCAGUGAGUUUCUGUAACAAGUAGUUAUUUGUUGGUCACAUGUCCCGCAUGUUUGUAUUUUGUAAUCUGGAUUAUUUUCCUCCCAGAUCAACAUAGUGGCCAAAUCAAUAAUUAGUCUUGUUCCCAUCACAUUAACAAUCAGCUUUAGCCUUCAAACCAGCUUUCUGAUGGUCUGUGUGAACAGGGAUGGAGUCAAAUUGACUAUUAAUACACACACUGAAAAACCUCCGACCAAAGAUUAGCUCUGAUUUAGGACUGUUAUUAUUAAAAAUGAGCUGAGCUGACCACCAGAGAUUCUGACGUGUUAUAGAAACAGUCAGAGAGGAAGAGGCAACCUGUGCAGCUUUGGAGGCCACGACGGCCCCUGAGUCCUCUCUUGUCUAUUCACAGCCCAUCCUACCUCCAUCCACCCAGGGACACGACUCCACAGCCUCUUCCUCCUCUCAUCCCUCUCUAUUUCCUGUUUUCAUCUCGGCCUCAGCUCCCCACAGACAAGAGGAAGAAAAUGAAAGUAGGUAAAGGUGCUCUCUGCCUCCCGCUCUCCCCGCCUGCAUAUUUCAUUGGAUUUAUUCUAGUUGUCUGGCCUCGUCUGUCCCUGUCCUACUGCUGCUGCUGUUGCCCGAGAGUCACGCGUGGCCCGUACCCACACGUGCAAACGCUGUAACCACGCACGCACUUUGACACACUUGCAUGUCAUGGCCAUAUGCCACUGUCUGAUGCGUACAUAUAUUUCUCCACAUGCAUUUUCAGUCUCCUUCACUCUUUGACUCUCUUUUGGGAAAAUACCUUUAGAGUAGCAAGUAGUGAAUAAUUCUCUUUGUGCAACACGAGGCUCUUCGCUCCCAGAAAGGUUAAAGAAACUUCUCUCUGAAACCUGUUCCCUGGAGCCCUCAGACUCUCAAUGAAAGAAUUUACAUCCUAUCACUGCACCUCCUCAUAAAAGUGGAGCUUGCAGACCAGUAUGUAUGAAGCGAGGUUGUGUCGUCUGGGCCUGUGUGAGAGUUAUCUCAAAAUAUCUGACAGAGGUGAAGCCGAAACCUGCUCUAAUCAGUGUUUUUGACAGUAAUGAGAGACGGUCACUCGUAGUGGUGCUACUCGGCCUUUUCGCCUCUCUAGGGUCAUUGUCAAAACCAGCCGUCAGGACUUCUGGAACUUUGUGAUGUCACAACAAAGCAGUCACCAAGCCCCGCCCACCUGGACCCAACAUCCAAACCUUGCAGGAUUUGGUUUCUCUGAGUGUUUUUACCUGAACUCUGCUAUAUUUUUAUUGGAUCACUCAGAAAACAGU